AUGAGCUCGGGAAGAAAGAGACAUCGCGCCAUCGAAAACAACCGCGCAGAAUGCCCCUUCACUGUGGCCACAAUCGCGGCGCGGUCCUGUGAGGAGCUGGACCAAGCUCCAAAAAGCGUGUCGCCAUUCGAGCCCAUUGGGAAGUUCAAGACGUGUCAGUCGUUGGACACGUUGUAUACCGUCAAGCCGUACAAGCGAUGGUCCGGUAUGACCCGCUACAGAAGUUUUGUUUUAGACAAUGUCAAGUACCACAGCGACGAUUUCGUGUACAUUGCCAAUGACAAAAGUGUUGAACGACAAGAGGCUGCUAGCGAGGAUCCUCAACAUCAACGCGUGCUGGGCCUCGCCGACUGUUGGGUGGCCAAGAUCCUCGAGAUCAGGGCAUCGGACGAGUCUCACGUCUAUGCGCGCGUCUGCUGGAUGUACUCCCCGGAUGAACUUCCUGCGAAUAUUGUCGAUCACGAGAAGCUGGUAUCAGAGUUGUCGCCUCAUUACAGCCACAAUGAGUUGAUAGCUUCGAACCACAUGGAUGUCAUUAACGUUCUCUUGACUGUCACACCUUACAGCUUUCUGUAG